AAUGAAAAAUAUUGUUUGUGAUGUACAUCUAUGGAAGUUUGAAUUGUGGGAUAGAAAGAGGUAGUGAGAAAAAUAAACUAAAUAAAUUAUAAUAUAGCAUGUCAGUGGCAGGAGAGACACAGAUCGAGAAGAAAAUUCCAAUUAAGGAAAAAUUACGACUUUAUUUGAUAAAUCUAGCAAAGGACUACCAAGAAGCUACCUUAGAUCUUGUGAAAGACGCUAAAGCUAACAAAAGAAGGUCCUUCAUAACAGCAGUAGGUCUGGGUUUUGCUGUAUGCUGCUCUCUCACCAACCCUGAUGAAGAAAGCUUUCGUCGAGAUGUUAUAAUGUGUAAUCAGGACAUUAUGUUAGUAGGAAAACCAAUACGUAAUCCAGCUUCUGUUCAGCAUAUGGAGCACAUUGAAAGCUGCUAUAACAGGGGUUUCAUACGUAGUUUAAAUCUUGGUUUGUUUUCACUUAUAUGGGUUGACAAUAGAAGUAAAAGUUCAGCUGCUUAUAGUGCACAGUGCAGUUAUCUUCGCCCAUCAUUUUUUACGUUCCAUAAACAUGUCAUUGAUGUUGGCUUUCUUGGAAGAUGGUGGUGGCUAAAUAGUGUAAUGACUGAUUAUGACAUAAAUCCUGUAGAAUUUCCUAAGUGAUCAGUGUUUUGUUAUUUUUGUAGUCUAUGAACUUAUUAUUUUGAAACUAAUAAACACUCUGUUAGUAAAAACCUGAUUUUCUGACUUAAAUUAGUAUGAAGUGAUCAAUAGACAGACUUUAUUCUCAAGCUGUGUAAGUAUGGAUCAUGCAUUAGAACAAGUGCUUACCUUCGCAGUGUUUCAGAUAUCUUGCAGAACUGGCAGUACUGAAUAAUGCAUGGUUUCUCAUUAAUCAGUCACUAUAUAUGUAUAAAAAUUAAAGUGUUUGUGGAUGAAA